AUGGCAGUCAAGAUGACGUCGCAAUGCAGCGUCUCCAGUUCCCGGCUGAUUUCAGAGCGGGAUCCUUCCAUAGAAUGGCAUCAAUCCUACAAGGCCGAUCCACACAGGACAGGAUUCCUAGACCUCCCUCUUGAGAUCAGAGACUACAUCUACAGCUACGCAUUGCGUGUCGAAGGGGCCAUAUUCAUGUACUCUCCCAACCUCUACAGCAACCGACGCCCAAUCUACAAAGCCCGCAUCGUUCGUCAUGGGAAUCAAGGCCCUAUCGAACCACAACGCCUGGGAAGAUGCAUCGCUCUAUCCAUGUUGCAAACAUGUAAACAGCUACAUGCGGAAUGUAGUCUCGUCUUCUAUGGAGAAAACAUCUAUCGUCUUGGUCCCCUCAACGAUAUAGACACAUCACUUGUGUAUCGUCAACUUGUCCGUCACGUCGUCUACAUCGCCGAUGCCGAUUUGCGCAUUUACCAAACCAACCUCGAUGAAGUCAACUACGGCUGGACGCGCCGUCUCUGGCCUAGCAUAAUCUCCGGCGGAACAGCCACCCUAGAGCGCUAUCCAAAUGUCGAAACAGUGACCAUCACGCUGACGUCGCCGAGGUAUGUACACCAUCGGCCAUGGCGACCAGCAUUCUUCGCAGUGUACAACAAGACGAGGGCACAGAGAAUUGCCUAUGCCGUCAGAUGGCUGCAGCCAAGAUGUCCUUUGCAAAAUGAACGACUGAGAGAGUGUCUGAGGGUGGAGAUGCAUACGCCUCCUUGGGAGGCGCUGAGUAAAGAAGACUUCAAGGAUGCCUGGUUUGCGGAUGCUGUUGAGGAAGACGAUUGGGAUUUUUCGGAGUUCGCGGAGGCUUUCCGGGUUGUGAAGAGUUUGAAAUGA